UGGGGAGGAGGCUGGAUAGAAACACGGGAUGAGGGGGUGACAGCCGAGUCUCCUCCCCCUUCCUUGUCUCCUCUCCUCCUCCCCUUCCUUGUCUUCCGUCCAGUCUCCUCCCCUCUGAUCCCUCGGCCGGAGCUGGUGACGUAACCUGGAUGUGGCGGCGGGAUUCGGGGAAGUGGUGACCGGUAGUGAGGUGAAUUUUGAAAGGGACAUUGUUCUCUGAUCAAGCCAACAAAAGACGUCCUUUCGUCUUAUGCCUCUGGACGGUACACAAAAGCCAUGUUUAUUUAGAGGAUAGGAGAAACCUGUAACUAAGUUGUUACUCUUCAAAGAAAUGAAGCACAAAAGAGAGAAAACACUUCAGUGCUCGGAGUGUGACUUACGCUUUGCAGCUAAAACACAUCUUCUCAUACAUCAGAGGGUUCACACAGGAGAGAAACCAUAUCUGUGCUCUGAGUGUGACAAAACCUUCACACGUAAACCACAGCUUGUCAUACAUCAGAGGAGUCACACAGGAGAGCAACCAUUUAAAUGUUCUGAGUGUAGCAAGUGUUUUUCCCGGAAGUUAGGUCUUGUUGUACAUCAGAUGAUUCACACAGGAGAGAAACCAUUUAAAUGCUCUGAAUGCAGCAAGUGUUUCAACAGAAAGGAACAACUUGUUAGACAUCAGAGGACUCACACAGGAGAGAAACCAUUUAAAUGCUCUGACUGCAGCAAGUGUUAUGCCACAAAGCGACAACUUGUUAUACAUCAGUGGAAUCACACAGGAGAAAAACCAUUUACAUGCUCUGAAUGUAGCAAGUGUUUUUCCAAUAAGUCGCAUCUUGUUAGUCAUCAGAGGACUCAUACAGGGGAGAAACCAUUUGCAUGCUCUGAAUGCAGCAAAUGUUUUUCUGAGAAGCAACGACUUAUUAUACAUCAGAGGACUCACACAGGAGAGAAAUCAUUUACAUGCUCUGAAUGCAGCAAGUGUUUUUCCCAGAAGUCACAGCUUGAUAGACAUCAGAUGAUUCACACAGGAGAGAAGCCAUUUAAAUGCUCUGAAUGCAGCAAUUGUUUUUCCCAGAAGUCACAGCUUGUUAGUCAUCAGAGGAUUCACACAAGAGAGAAACCAUUUACAUGUUCUGAAUGCAGGAGGUGUUUUUCAGAGAAGUCAAAUCUCAUUAGACAUCAGAUGAGCCACACAGGAGAGAAGACCUUUAAAUGUUCUUAAUGCAGCAAAUGUUAUACCCUUAAAAAGAAUCUAGUUAGACAUCAGAAGAGUCACACAGGAGAGAAACCAUUUACAUGCUCUAAAUGCAACAAGUGUUUUUCCCAGAAGGCACAGCUUGUUGGUCAUCAGAUAAGUCACACAAGAGAGAAACCAUUUACAUGUUCUGAAUGCAGGAGUUGUUUUUCAGAGAAGUCAAAUCUCAUUAGACAUCAGAGGAGUCACACAGGAGAGAAACCAUUAACAUGUUCUGAAUGCAGCAAGUGUUUUACCAAGAAGAAAAUAUUUAUUACUCACAUGAGGAGUCACUGUAAUGCUUAAAAUGUGGCAUGUGUUUAUUAAGUUAACCUGUAUUAUGGCAGUGGGCCUGAUUCUGAGAUGGAAGCAUAGAAUGAGAAAGCAAAUAACUUUGCACCUAGACAAACCCAUGUUGCAAUGCAAAGGGUGCAAAUACAUUUGUUAUUUUUGCCAUGGUUCAAGUUCCUUUUUUUCCCCCCUGUACUUUAUGCUCUGGAUUUUCUCCAAUAUGCCUUAGAGAAAGGCAAUUUAAAUUUUUGUAAUAGUGAGAAAAUGUUAUAGAAUCUCAAGCAGGUACUGUGAGGAGUUAGGUAUCCCGGCAGCGGAGUGCCAACAGGGGGGGGGUGAGUGCAAGAAGCCCCUUACGUUCACUCUCGAGUGAUGAUAGUCCCUGUUGGUCGGCAUGCCGACCGUCUGGAUUUUCGGCGGGUGAGGUGUUGUGACCGCCGGUCACUACAUCCCGCUGGGAGUAGUAGAGGAAAGCUUUCUGUCCAGUAGAGUGUUCUAGCGGCUCCUCUAAGUACUGGGAUUCUAUCCAUUACAGGCAGUGCUAUAAGUUAUGGUUAUUUCUGUAGGAACUCUGUAUGCGUCUCUCUUUCACCAUAUGUGUUAUACAGGUUGAGUAUCCCUUUUCCAAAAUGCUUGGGACCAGAAGUAAUUUGGAUAUCGGAUUUUUCCGUAUUUUGGAAUAAUUGCAUACCAUAAUGAGAUAUCAUGGUGAUGGGACCCAAGUCUAAGCACAGAAUACAUUUAUGUUUCAUAUACACCUUAUACACACAGCCUGAAGGUAAUUUUAGCCAAUAUUUUUAAUAACUUUGUGUAUUGAACAAAGUGUGUGUAAAUUCACACAAAUCAUUUAUGUUUCAUAUACACCUUAUACACACAGCCUGAAGAUCAUUGAAUACAAUAUUUUUAAUAACUUGUGUAUUAAACAAAGUUGUGUACAUUCAGCCAUCGGAAAACAAAGGUUUCACUAUCUCACUCUCGCUCAAAAAAUUCCGUAUUUUGGAAUAUUCAGUAUUUCGGAAUAUUUGGAUAUGGGAUACUCAACCUGUAUUUAAUAAACCAUUAUUCAAAGCUGACAAUACUUAGUGACUACUACUUUUGGACCCCUGCUGGAGUCGGACCCGUAUCUUUCAUCAGCUGCACUAUUCAUCUGCUGGUUGAAUUAUCAUCGAGAGCCGCAAACGGCACGUAGAGGUGCAGACCCGUGGAGCAUUCAAGUCGAGCAGGACAGGUUACAGCAGGUGCCAGUGCAGGUGCCGGUUUCCCCGCAGCCAGAGGCCAUCCUGGUGGAUGUCGGGACUUUUUCCUGCUGAUAACAUUUGCUCAUACCUCACGUAAGAUUCCGGUUGGAGCGGCUUUCACUCAAUUUACUGUCCUGUGUUGGAUUGAUAUGUUCAAAGGAACUGUGAUACUAAGUGACUGUUCAUUGGUAAUCAUCUAAUAUACGGGUUCUACUAGCAGCUAUACUUGAUCUAUUUUUGACUUUUAUAUAUAUUUCUCUGACGUCCUAGUGGAUGCUGGGAACUCCGUAAGGACCA